AUGUCGAAGACGCAGACGAAGAUAGAAGAAGUCGCUUCAUCCCUGCAGCGUGUCUGUUGUUUUCUUACCCCAAAGUUAUAAAUGACGACGUAUAAACAGCGAAAGUGACUAAAGAAGAAGAGCAGCGUCUGCUACACGUUCUGCAAACAUGAAGCUCAACAUCGAGGGUCUGCUGGUGUAUUUUCCGUAUGACUACAUCUAUCCGGAGCAGUACUCCUACAUGCUCGAGCUGAAGAGGACUCUGGAUGCCAAGGGUCAUGGAGUCCUGGAGAUGCCAUCGGGAACCGGGAAGACCAUCUCUCUCCUGUCUCUCAUUGUUGCCUACCAAAAGGCCUUUCCUUUGGAAGUGACCAAGCUAAUAUACUGCUCCAGAACAGUUCCAGAGAUCGAGAAGGUCGUGGAGGAGCUGCGGAAGUUGAUGGAGUAUUAUUCCAAGCAAACUGGAGAGAGCAACAACUUCCUGGCUCUCGCCCUCUCCUCCAGGAAAAACCUCUGCAUCCACCCAGAGGUGAGCGCUCUGCGCUUCGGUAAGGAGGUUGAUGGGAAGUGCCACACACUGACGGCGUCGUACAUCCGCGCACAGCGCCACAGCGACCCCGACCUGCCCAUGUGUCGCUUUUAUGAGGAGUUUGAUGCGGUCGGCCGACAGGUGCCUCUCCCCGCUGGCAUCUACAACCUCGACGACCUGAAGGACUUCGGCAGGAGGAAAGGCUGGUGUCCUUAUUAUCUGGCUCGCUACUCGCUCCUGCAUGCCAACAUUGUGGUAUACAGUUACCACUACCUGCUGGACCCCAAGAUAGCAGACCUGGUGUCCAAAGAGCUGUGCAAGAAGUCCGUCGUGGUGUUUGACGAGGCUCAUAAUAUCGACAAUGUGUGCAUCGACUCCAUGAGUGUGAACAUCACCAGACGAACACUUGACCGCUGCCAGACCAAUGUGGAGACUCUUCAGAGCACCAUACAGAAGAUAAAGGAGACGGACGCUGCCAAACUGAAGAUAGAGUACAGGCGACUAGUAGAGGGGCUGAAAGAAGCCAAUGUUGCCAGGGAAACGGACGUCUACCUGUCAAAUCCCGUGUUACCAGAUGAAGUCCUUAAAGAGGCGGUCCCUGGUAGCAUUCGCACAGCAGAGCACUUUGUUGGUUUCCUGAAGCGUUUCCUGGAGUAUCUGAAGUCCCGUCUGAGAGUGCAUCACGUUGUACAGGAGAGCACCCCGCAGUUCCUUAAAGACAUAUUCGACAAAGUCUGCAUCGACCGCAAGCCUCUGAGGUUUUGUGCAGAGCGGUUGCAGUCGUUACUACGGACUCUGGAGAUUGCAGACAUCGCAGACUUCUCAGCUGUUACUCUCAUCUCUAACUUUGCUACCCUGGUCAGCACCUACAGCCAAGGUUUUACUAUAAUCAUUGAGCCCUUUGAAGACAGAACUCCAACCAUCGCUAACCCUGUGCUGCACUUCAGCUGUAUGGACCCGUCUAUUGCCAUCAAACCUGUUUUUCAAAGAUUUCAGUCUGUCAUCAUCACCUCGGGGACUCUCUCUCCUCUGGACAUCUACCCCCGGAUCCUUGACUUCCGCCCCGUUACCAUGGCGUCCUUCACCAUGACGCUGGCACGGACCUGCCUUUGUCCUCUGAUAGUUGGCAGAGGAAACGAUCAGGUGGCCCUGAGCUCAAAGUUUGAGACCAGAGAAGACUUUGCUGUGAUUCGUAACUAUGGCAACCUACUCCUAGAGAUGUCUGCGAUCGUUCCCGACGGCAUCGUGGCGUUCUUCACCAGCUACGUGUACAUGGAGAACAUAGUGGCAUCCUGGUAUGAACAGGGUAUCCUGGAGAACAUCCAGAGGAACAAGCUGAUCUUCAUUGAGACUCCGGAUGCUGCAGAGACGAGCAUGGCCCUGGAGAAAUACCACGAGGCGUGUGAGAACGGCAGAGGAGCCAUCCUGCUGUCGGUGGCGAGAGGAAAGGUGUCUGAAGGAAUAGAUUUUGUGCACCAUUUUGGCCGGGCGGUCAUCAUGUUCGGAGUGCCUUAUGUUUACACACAGAGCCGCAUCCUGAAGGCUCGUCUGGAGUACCUUCGCGAUCAGUUUCAGAUCCGAGAGAACGACUUCCUGACGUUUGACGCCAUGCGUCACGCCGCCCAGUGUGUGGGCAGAGCCAUCCGAGGCAAGACAGACUACGGACUCAUGAUCUUCGCCGACAAGCGUUACGCCCGAGCAGACAAACGUGGGAAGCUGCCUCGCUGGAUUCAGGAGCACAUCACCGACGGCAGUCUGAACCUCACCGUGGACGAGGCCGUCCAGCUCUCCAAGCACUUCCUGAGACAGAUGGCUCAGCCGUUCAGACAGGAGGACCAGCUGGGUCUGUCUCUGUUGACUUUCGAGCAGCUGCAGUCAGAAGAGAUGCUGAAGAAAAUCAGUCAGAUCGCUCACCAGACCUGAAGGUGACUCAAAGUGGGGCAUCCACGGUGGUGUCGGAUACAUUUGUGAACAUCUUCCCGGGUAAUGUGUGCGUUAGCUGGAACCACCGAGUGAACCUCUUCUCGUCAGGCUCUGUGUGCUGGAGCUCAGGCCUCGAACGUCCGUCAAGCAGCUCGACUGAGGAACAGGAAACAGAUAAAGUGGAGGUUAACGAGGGAGAGUCUUUCCACAUACUUUAGUCAGUGGUUUUACUUCUUUUCGACAUACUGUACUAUGACUUUCACACUGUAAUUUGACUUUAUUAAGACUUUUUUGCCAUAUUGUACUUUGGCUUUUUUCAUUUUUUUAAUAAACCAUACUAAAACUUCACAAGUUUUUCCAAAUUCUUUUAUCGAUCACUGAUAAUGCUCCAUUGUGAACAACAAAUCCGCUAAAAUUAGCAGAAGCAGUAAUUAAAGUUAGCCGUUAGCUGGCAAAACACCUUCUUGGUUAAACAGCAGAGCAACAUGUGUACCAACUAACUUCAUCAGACACACAGGCCUAUAACAUUGUAAUUCAUUCCCAUGCAUCCUGUGACUGCAGUGACCGACAGCACAGAGGCGCUCCCUACCACAGUCCUGCUUAUAGGAGCCAGCAGCAGAUUUACAUUAUUGUGUGUUCAAGCUCCACUCAGUGAAACCGAGGUAACGGUGAAUUAAAGCGUUAUCAGGAUGUGUUCAAAUGUAGUAUUUGACGGGAAACGUAUGUAAUGAUAGAGAAGAAAGUAGAUAUUACAGAGAGAGUUACGACCUGUUAAACUAUCUCCAUAAUAUAUAGUUAGAACUACUAAUUCCCGAAAAAAUGUUCAAAGCAAAUAUUUUAAUAAAAACAAAGUAAUUUAUUUCCUAAUCCUUUGAAUUAUGUUUUAUGCAAAUAACCACCAUAGACGAGUAAAAGGAUAACAUUUAGAAUCUGACAUUUUUUGUCCAAUUUUCUAAAUCUCUGUUGCUUUAAUUUAUCUAUUAAUAGGCCGACAUUCUCCAAGUAAGUCUGGCUAUCAGGCUGCUUUCCCUGAAUCUUUUUGACAUAUUAUACUAAGAGUUUUUUGACAUACUAUAACUUUCUUAUGGCAAAGUAGGCCAAUAUAAUACAUUGUUAAAAAUAUCUCAUGGCA